UGCGCGCAUGCGCAUGCCACCCGGCAGUGAAUCUCGCUUAUUCACAUAGGUGAAUAACAUCAAAACAGACACAGAGCGUCCCGAUAUCAGAGAUCAGAAAUGGGCAAAGGCGGCGGAACGUUUGAGAGACUUUUGGAUAAGGCUACCAGUCAGCUGCUGCUGGAGACAGACUGGGAGUCCAUUUUGCAGAUAUGUGACCUCAUUCGGCAAGGCGAUACGCAGGCUAAAUAUGCAAUUGGUGCCAUCAAGAAAAAACUCAAUGACAAAAAUCCACAUGUAGCGCUCUAUGGUCUUGAGGUCCUGGAGUCAGUGGUGAAGAACUGUGGCCAGACGAUUCAUGAUGAAGUGGCCAGUAAGCAGACAAUGGAAGAGCUGAAGGAGCUGUUCAAGAAACAACCCGAACUGAACGUGAAGAACAAGAUCCUUUAUCUGAUCCAGGCCUGGGCCCACGCCUUCCGCAACGAGCCCAAGUACAAAGUCAUCCAGGACACCUAUCAGAUCCUGAAGGUGGAAGGUCAUGUCUUCCCAGAAUUCAAGGAGAGUGAUGCCAUGUUUGCAGCGGAAAGGGCCCCUGAUUGGGUGGAUGCAGAGGACUGUCACAGAUGUAGGGUUCAGUUUGGUGUUAUGACCCGAAAGCACCACUGCAGGGCAUGUGGGCAGAUUUUCUGUGGGAAGUGCUCUUCUAAGUACUCUACCAUUCCCAAGUGUGGCAUUGAGAAGGAGGUGCGUGUGUGUGAGCCCUGCUUCGAGCUUCUCAACAACCACCCCUCCCUUUCUCCCCCUCCUAGGAAAGCUGAAGGGAAGGCCACCAGCGCUGGGCAGCCCGAGCUUCCCCCUGAGUACCUGACCAGCCCUUUGUCCCAGCAGUCUCAGGUAGUGCCCACCGAAUCAAUGCCUCCUAAGAGAGAUGAGGCCGCGCUGCAGGAGGAAGAGGAGCUGCAGCUGGCCAUCGCACUGUCUCAGAGUGAGGCCGAGGAGAAGGAGAGAAUGAGACAGAAGAACACUUACUCUGCAUACCCCAAAGCCGAUCCCACCCCUGUGACUUCCUCUGCCCCUCCUGUCAGCACUCUCUACUCUUCACCUGUGAACUCAUCGGCUCCAUCAGCUGAAGAUGUGGACCCAGAGCUGGCCCGUUAUCUAAAUAGAACUUACUGGGAGAAGAAACAGGAAGAGGUUCGCAAGAGUCCCACCCCCUCUGCUCCUGCUCCAGUUUCACUGGCUGAGCCUGUGCCAAUCAGCCAACCAGUGGAAAGCCACGCUUCAGUCCAACCCAUCAACAUAGUAGAGCAGCAAUAUCAGAAUGGAGAAUCUGAGGAGAACCAUGAGCAGUUCCUGAAGGCCUUGCAGAACGCUGUCACCACCUUCCUUAACCGCAUGAAGAGCAACCACAUGCGCGGCCGCAGCAUCACCAAUGACAGCGCUGUGCUCUCUCUCUUUCAGUCCAUCAACAACAUGCACCCACAGCUGCUGGAAAUACUCAACCAGCUGGAUGAAAAGAGACUGUACUAUGAGGGACUUCAGGACAAACUGGCGCAGGUGCGUGACGCGCGGGCGGCACUGAACGCUCUGAGAGAUGAGCACAGGGAGAAACUGAGACGGGCUGCCGAGGAGGCAGAGAGACAGAGACAAAUCCAACUCGCCCAGAAACUAGAGAUCAUGAGGCAGAAAAAACAGGAGUACUUGGAGAUGCAAAGGCAGCUCGCAAUCCAGCGCCUGCAGGAGCAGGAGAAGGAGAGACAGAUGCGCCUGGAGCAGCAGAAACACACCAUUCAGAUGAGAGCACAGAUGCCUGUGUUCUCCCUGCCUUAUGCACAGAUGCAGUCACUGCCUCCUAAUGUGGCAGGAGGGGUGGUGUAUCCCCCCACUGGCCCUCCCAGCUAUCCUGGCACCUUCAGUCCUUCUGGUUCAGUGGAGGGGUCGCCCAUGCAUGGAGUCUACAUGAACCCGCACGGACAGACUGCUGCCGGUGGCCCGUACCAGGCCAUGCCUGUGUCAGCUACAGAUCCAAACAUGGUGAAUGCUUACAUGUAUCAGACUGCAGGCACCAGUGGGCAGCCAUCCGCCCCAGGACAAGCCCCUCCCACAACCACCCCUGCCUACACUAACUACCAGCCCACAUCCACACAGGGCUACCAGAACGUGGUCUCUCAAGCUCAGAGUUUGCCCCCUAUGUCCCAGGCUGCCCCCACCAACGGUAUUGCCUACAUGGGCUACCAGCCAUACAACAUGCAGAAUAUGAUGACCGCCCUUCCAGGACAAGACCCCAACAUGCCUCCCCAACAGCCCUACAUGCCUGGGCAGCAGCCUAUGUACCAGCAGAUGGCUCCCCCCGGCGGUCCACAGCAGCAAUCACAACAGCAGCUGGCGCAGGGUCCACCUGGCAGUGCAGAGGCUCAGCUCAUUUCAUUUGACUGAUCAUAGCUCAUCAUAUGUCAUUACACACCAGGCCAGCACACUACAUUCAACCCUCCCUUACCCUGCUGUUUCUGCACCUGCUCUCACUUCACUAUGUUCCACAAAUAUUGAAGGUGUACAAAUAUUGUAAAAGCAUAUGGCUGUCUGAGUCCCCCUCCUCUCCCUGUCUCUUUAAAUGGAGGAGAGGCUACAGAUGGAGCUGGUGGGGAACCUUUGCAGUUGGUUGAUGAAUCUCACAAAACUCUCUAGAUCAUAUUUUAUCCGUGAAACAAAAAAAGAGCCAACUUUUUUUCUUUUUUUUUUGCUUAAAGAAAAUGAAACCUGUUUUAGACCAUUAAAUUUUUUUGUGACCAUAAAUUAUGACGGUUAAAUGUGUUUCCUUGCUCCGUUCUCAUUAUUGUAAUGCAAAAAAAUUGUCAUUUAAACUGUAAAGUAGUUACAUGGUAAUAUUUGUUGUACUGCCUUUAUCCUGAUAUCAUGAUUUAAAAAUGACUGUGUAUUAGUAAUGAGAUUCCCCAUUGACAAUUAUGAGAAUUACCAAAAA